AUGGUUAAUUCUACUUCAAACUCAAGUUCUUCCUCUCCUAUGUAUACUCCUGAAACCUCAAGUCCACUAUUUCUCCUUCCUUCCGAUAUACCAGGGGUAUCCUUGGUUAUUGUGCCCUUUUUUGGGACUAGUUUGGGGGGUUGGAGGAGGAGUAUGAUUGUGUCUCUGUCUGCUAGAAAUAACAUAGGCUUUAUCGAUGGGUCUUGCACUAAGCAUGUUGUGGAUUCUCCUCAGUACAGGCAGUGGGACAUGUGCAAUAAUAUGGUCAUAUCCUGGUUAAUCAAUUCACUUUCUCCAGAUAUAGCUGAAAGUGUACAACAUUCUAAAACUGCUGAAAGCAUAUGGAAACAAUUUAACAAUAGGCAUGGGACUGUUAGUGGAACUAAGGUGUUUGAAAUAAAGAGAGAACUUGCAUCUACUUAUCAAGGGACUCUCGACAUAGCUUCAUAUUUCAACAAACUUAAAAAACUCUGGGAUGAAUUGGGGGUUAUGUGUACCAGCCAUGCAAAUUCUUGUGUUUGGGCUGCUAAGGAAGCUCUCUAG